AUGAAUGUGCCUGACGUGCGUCCGCGUACGUGUGAAGGCUCACCCAGUACGUCACUGUAUCAUCAAAUUCCUGAAACAUGGGAAUAUUCGACAAAUUCAGACAGACGUUUUAUAUUGGAAACAGAUAGGGAUGAAUAUAAAUUUGUUGUUAAUGAAUUUAAUAAAAGAAUGAAUGGAAAAUAUUCACAAAUAGUUCAAAUAGAACGUAUACAAAAUAAACGAUGGUAUAUGCAAUACUUGGCACAUCGUGUAGAUUUUAAAAAACGUUUAAAUAUGGAAACCGAAAAACUUUUAUUUCAUGGAUGUCCAGAACAAGCUGCAAAAGCAAUUAUUGAAGAUUGUUUCAACAGAAGUUUUGCCGGAGUUAACGUGUGGCUAUGGAAUAUUGUUCUCAUUUUAGGCACUGCUUAUGGUUAUGGCGUUUAUUUUUCGGCAAACGCAAUUUAUAGUCAUGGUUACGCUAGACCGAAUUCAAAAGGAGAAAAAUUUCUGUUUUUAUCUCGCGUUUUAAUUGGAAAAGUCACCAGUGGUAAUAGCACAAUGAAAGCACGACCAGUUGGGAUUUGA